UUAAGCAAUAAUGCCUGAGAAUCCGAUAAUUAUUGUGUGACAACUCACGACAAGGCUGUUCUGAGGCCCGAGGCGAAGCAACUUUUUUUAUGAGGCAGAAUUGAUUUGACUGUAAUGGUGUGUAACGCUCAGUGGUCUAGUCUGGUAUCUGUUGUUUUCAUUGUUGAUUUUGCCGCUACCUGCUGACUGUUGCAGUUACCGCACAAUUACGUCUGCGAUGUAUAUCUAUUACGUCAUACGUGAUCACGUUCGAAACAGAUCAGAUAACAUUUGACUCUUCAUUCAGUCAUCAAGUUGGUGUCGUUGGUGGUUGAAAAUGUAUUAUCCCGCAUUUUAUUGCAAUGUAAUUGUAUCAUAAUUUUUUAAAAGCAUUAAUAUGUGAUACAACUGGAGAUAAUAUGGAGAAGAAAGAAGUGGAGAGAGAGAUGCAGGAGGCUGAUCCAGAGUCAGCCGGACCAUCUCAGUCAGAGGAGACUGAAGCAGAGAGAGAGAUGCAGGAGGCUGAUCCAGAGUCAGCCGGCCCAUCUCAGUCACAGGAGACUGAAGCAGAGAGAGAGAUGCAGGAGGCUGAUCCAGAGUCAGCCGGACCAUCUCAGUCAGAGGAGACUGAAGCAGAGAGAGAGAUGCAGGAGGCUGAUCCAGAGUCAGCCGGCCCAUCUCAGUCACAGGAGACUGAAGCAGAGAGAGAGAUGCAGGAGGCUGAUCCAGAGUCAGCCGGACCAUCUCAGUCAGAGGAGACUGAAGCAGAGAGAGAGAUGCAGGAGGCUGAUCCAGAGUCAGCCGGCCCAUCUCAGUCACAGGAGACUGAAGCAGAGAGUGAGAUGCAGGAGGCUGAUCAGGACUUAGCCGGCCCAUCUAACACAUGGGAGCCACAGCAGACUUCUCAUUACAACCUGUCCUUGGCCCGGAGAAGCUCCUCCUCAGAACUCGAAUUCUCAGGGGAGGAGAUGAAUGAGAAGCAAUGGAUUCUUUCGACUGAGAAUAUGCAUGAAAGGUCCACCAUAGUUGAGGCUCAUGCUAAGUGCAAGAACAUCGUGUCAUGGGUGAAGGAGGACUCUUCAACAGUGGUGGUCCCUGCCCUUGAUUUCAUCAUGUACAGGCAUUUGCCCUGGUCACCAUCAUCAUCUUCAUCAACUUCCUCCUCCUGGUCUUCAGUCGUAAUCAAUGAAGCAGAUCUGGAAGCGGCCUCCGUAUGCCGCAGCGUCAGAUUCAACCUUGGGCCAAGUCAUGGGCCAAGCGAGGUCACCAGCCCUAGAACUGGUGCCAGGACACGGAACCCAACUCCCUUCCCCUCCCUCCUUUCGUCAGAGGAGUCUUUGGGAAAUGAGGAAGAAGAUGACAACCCAAGAAGAUAUUCCUCAGCAUCUGAGAACGGAGAUAGAGAGGAUUGGGACAGACCCCACUCAGACCCCCUGAGGUCUGUGUUCGGACUGUCUCACAACUUUAUCUUCAGUCAGGUUCACAGAGACGCCCGCAGGUCCCUGAGUGAGGUCAUACUGCCAUCCAUCCAGAGGAGACCAAAGAAGAUGAGGCCUAUUAUUCUGUCUGCGGACACCAGGCUGAUCAUGGCCAUUGUGGAGAUCAUCUUCAAGCAGAUCAACGCCAGACUAGCCCAGCUCAUGCUGAUAGGAGGGGCCAGUCAGGGAGCCGAAGCUCCUUCCACCAGCAUCAGCUCACCAAGCAGUCAGUUUGCUGAGCAGUUGCUGCGGACAAUCACAACCACAAUGAAUGGCCAUACUAUGGGACAGAUGGCGCUCACUUGGCUGUCUGGAAAGUCCGCUAACGAGAUUGAGAGAGAGCUAGGACGACUGGCAGGUCAGGUCAUUGUUGCAACCAUCAGCAGCAUCCAGAGGGUGAAGAGCGACGCUCAGACAGGACAUGAGGUGCGGGUGUCCUACUUCCUGUCAGCGGUGUCGGCCGAGGUGCAGAGUCUGGUGGUCCAGAGAACGGAGACCAGGAUGUCAGGAAGCGACCACCUGCUGAACCUGUCUCGGGCAAAGAUCAACAGGGCCGUCGAGCUGAAAAUGGCUGAAAUGUACGGUAGAUCCCUGUGGGAUUGGUCCCUGACAGAACAGAAUAUCCAGCUAGGUCAUGACAGAAUCACUGCCAUGUCCAAUGAUUUGGUGGAUUUGGUGGUCGAUGAUACCCUGGAUGCCCUUGGUUAUCUAGAGAACCAGGCAUUUUCCAGGUCCCAGAGCGCUGGCUCCCGGACAGGGAUUGAAGGCCUCGACAUUGAUGGUGUGGCAAGGGACAUGGUCCGGAAAGCUGCAGCCAAACUCAAGGCAUCCAUGUCUGAGUUUGAGCUGGAGGGGGGAUCCAGAUACUCACAGGGCAGCAGUGGUCCCUCGAACCACUCACCUCUGUCUCGCUCCCACUCCGACCUGAGGAUGCUCUGUGUCCGGUCAGCAGUGUCAGUCAGAACUGCCCUGCAAGUGAUAAAAACAGAGCUUGACAGCAACUCAGACGAGUCCUUUGUUCCAUGCCAGAUGUCUAGAAACCUUCUAGCACGUCUAGUGUCGAGUGUCGAGAGCAUCAGCGAUCUGGAAAUUGGUGAGAUGCUCCAGGGCCCCUCAGCAAUCAUGGAGCCGGAGGCUGUGAGAGAACACCCAGACAUAUCCUCCACUGCCAUCUACCACUCCCUGCUCAUUGAUUGUCCAUUCCCACCAUCAGAGAGGAUUCAGGAAACAAUUAUUCUAAGCCGUCCACUCACUGCACAGGAUGUGACCACACAGGGGGAAAAGCAGCAUCCUGCUGACCUUCAGACCGACAACCUAAUGGCAGAAUACUCUGCCAAGGCCCAAGGGGUAGUGACUCAGGUCAUAAGAGAUGCUUCUUUGACCAUCGACAUCCUGUCAGCCCACGUCUCCUCAAGGAACAUUGCUGAGGCCUCAACUAGCAUUCUUGAGUCCCUUCUAGUGGACUUAAACGAGGCAAUUGAGGUGAGUAGGGCAGGUAGGAUCAAGUUCUGGGAACAGGUCCGGUUAUCCUCCCAGAAACUUUACAGCACAGCUGUGAACGAGCUGAAGAGUUUGUACACUGGUUGCCACCUCACCAAUGAGCGGGACCACCAGGAUACCCAUUUAACUGCUGACAAAAUCCAGGACAUGGAAGUGUCUACCAACAAUGACCUCAAAGACCCAACAGUUGCAGUCAGCCAGGAGUCAGUCAGACACAGCGCCAAGAAGAUCCUCAGCAAGGUUCUGAAUGUGAUCAAGGCCGGAGUAGCUGCCUCAGAGCACUCAUCUGUGGGUGAGCAGAUGACCGAAGAGUGGCAGGUUGCCAUGGAGAUGUUUGACUCCAUUCUGAACAGGCUAGAAGAUGAUGAGCCUGAUGUGGGUGAAGAGGAUCAUCUUCAUGUGAUGUCGGUCCAUGACAUCUACCAGGAUGUCUCAUCUAAAACCUCUCAGGUUUGUAUGGCGGUGACCGGCCAGGCGAUGGACACGCUGACCGAUGAUGUGUCAGCCGCGACCUCUGUGCGUGGUAAACCAGAUGAGGACAAGUUCUCAUUUACAACUGUGACCACGCCAACUCUCGUGUCAUAUAUUCUUCUGCCCAAAUCAAAGAGAAGUCUCUUCCAGGCCACAAGUACCCACAGGUCAGGCACUAGCCAGGCCUCCAGUGACGUUCUUGCUGAGCUCCAUGCCAACCGCCCUGACACCGCAUUGCCUGUGAAGUGCACUUCUACAGCUGUUGCUGAUACAGAGACUCGUCACGUCCCCUCUGCCAGAGUGAAGAAGAAGAGCCAGGGCUGGAGGUUCAGUUACUGCCCAAAGUUGCCAACGGUCAAGAUCAAGGUGUUCAAGAGCAGAGUGGAACCAGAGAGCCACCCCGCUCAAAAGGAGCUGCCUUCGCAGCGUUUCAGCACCUCUCGAGUUGCGCUGGAUGAUGAUCAUGCUGUCCCAUUCAUUCCCCAACCUGAGGACGACCUGCCACCAGCACCUGCACAGGAGUCCCGUAAACAUCCCCUGUUGGUCAGGGUGUUCCGGGCCAUUUCCAGAGCCAUCUCGAAACCGUUCAAGGGCUGUGAUUUUUGCAAGAAGAAUUAGAAAGAUUUAGCCAUCACCAUCUAAUAAACAUAUUAGCAGCAUUGA